GCGGGAGUAGCUGAUCGCAGAUGCAUCCCGUAGUGGGGCAGCGGCGGUUCCAGAGCAGCACACGUCAUGCACAGACCGCGAGAAGGACCAGGAGCGGGUACCGACCCGGCGUGUGGCUGUGGGGGACGCCGGGACCUCCAGACGCUGCUGCCCCCCAUCCCUGGGCUGUGCCGCCAGCUUGGCGCUGUUUUUCUCUGGGUAUCUUGUAACUUCUCUUUCUCAUGCUGGCCUUUCUAGCUGAGACUGGACAGAGUGCCGAGUCCAGUGGUAAAGCUGUUUUCUGUUGAGCUUGAAAUGUCCAAUUCUGACAAUUUUUUGGCUGAAUAGAAAGGAAAUUAAGUCUAAAUUUCAGAGCAUCUCAUUUUUAUAUCUUUCAGAGUGGGGAGUUUCAUUUUGACUGGAUUUUUAACAGAUUUGUUUAAUUGCAUAAACAUUUAAGAAACUGAUUGACCCCAGUUUAAAAAAAAAUCUUUCAGUGAGAGUUUUCACAUUUUCUUUUUAUUCUUUUCAAGAGUAUCUGAAUAUCAUAGAAUCAUUUCUGUUGGACAAGAGCCUCAGGAUCAUCGAGUCCAACCGUAACCUGGCCAACUCUAGCACUAAACCGUGUCCUAAGAACCUCUUUUACAUAGUUCCUACUUUGAGCCUGAGGCUGCUCAGAGACAGGGCAGCUAUCCAGUAAAGCAAUCUAGGAAUAGAACAGGAACCAUAUUUCAUCAGAAAUUGUUCUUUUCCAUUCAGAAGAAGAAUGGCUAAUGCGUGGUGCUUUUCUGCUAGCUGUUAACAAUGCAUUUAGCUUUUCCUGAUGUGUUUAGAAAAAUGCGACAAGAGCCCCACAACAUCUUCUAACAAAGAAACGUAUCACUCGGUGUUUUUACAGCAAACUGAGGCUUUUCUGGGUUACACAUGUCAAAGCUAAGUAGUGGGUGUAACUUCCAUUACCCGCUAGAGAGGAAACAGAAGGAAACAGUCUGAUAAAAUCGUAGUGUUUUAUUAGGCAAAUUUUCCCAUGUAAGGGUAAAAAAUUGCUGCCCGCUGAAUUUCUUCCAGACUUCAGGCCUGCUGUUUAAAAAGCUCGAAGUGUGAACAGAUAAGGAGUUAAUUUACCUUCUCAGAUUUAGACCUUCUGAAACAUUCAUGAAGAUGGUGAGUGGGAGAGCUACAUUUUUAAUCGUGCUUGGCUUAUUUAAUUGUAAUCUUCGCUGUGGAGUGUGGAGCCCUUUCCCCCCAGUUCGCACAUCCGAGCUCUGGGGAGAACUGGCCUCAUCCUCGGCUGCUCCAGCGUGAUGUGCCCUCAGCAGCUGCGUGCAAAGAACUGAACUGUCUCAGGUGUCUCGCUCCCUGGGGUGUCCGUAACUAGUGUUAUUAGCAGAUGAUCAUCUUAUUUGCACAACUAUUACUGCUUAAUCUCUUUUGGGCUGAAUGAUGAAACUGGUUGAAGGUUGCACACCCCAGAGCUCAAUGCAAAUGCAUUGCCAGGAGCAGGCAGAGAAGCAGUUUAUUUUUUUCCUUCCAAAAUGUAUCUCUGGGAGUAUAAAUAAGUGUGAAAACCCAUAUGCAAAACCAGAGUUAUCUUCCCUUGAUACUUCUUUGCCAUUAUUGCAUUUUGCUUCCAACCCUCCUUUACAACACUUACUUGAAAUCAGGAACUGAGGCCCUACUGGGAAGAUAUAUUUAACUGGUUUACUUUAGCUAUUUCUUGCUCAGUGCAGCUUCAUACAUCUUGUAGUUUGGGCUGUGAGAUCUUUGGGAUAGACCUUGUGAAUUUGUACCAUCAUUUGGCAUCACGAGACCUGACUCUAGGAUCUGCUGCCGUAAUGCAAAAGUUGAUUCGCAUGUGUUAAUGCAGCAGCUGAUUUUAUGAAUCCCGUGUGUUUUCAGAGGUCAAGAGUCUUGCAACUGCAGGUCAUAAAAUUUUGGCAUAGCAGAUUCUUUUAGUUGUUCAGGAGUGGCUGAUUCCACUGCGGACUUCAGCAUCAAACCUGAACGCAGACUUCUAUCCUGCUGUUGUUUCUGUGAUCUCUGAGCAGCUCAAAGCAGGGUGGUGAGACAGAAUAUUUGUUUCAAAACUAAGACUAGCAUAGAGAGCUUGUUGCAAUUCCAGAUAGGAAAUGUUUCGCUAAUAAGCAAUAUUUCAAACUGCUGAAACACUGCAUAGAAGUUUAGCUUUAUCUGAAUGAAAGAAAAUGUUGCUGUUCCCAGCUCUGUGGUGGUCGUGGCAGUGCUGGAAGCUCCUGUUGCAAGGAGCAUUUGAUUAGGAAUGCCUUAGCCAGGGCGAGAUCUGGAGGCUUGGGAGGCUGCCCCGGGUGUCUUGGCAACGGUACGCAGUUGAGAGCCCCAUCGGCACAGACACAGAGCGUGUCCCGGCUCUGGCUUCACAUCCCACUUGUGCAAAGGCGAGAAAGAAAACUUCGCUGCUAGAAGAUGGGCUCGGAGACCCUGCAGUUCCUCACGGAGACUUCCACAGCCGUUCUCGGGUGGUGAGAUCCAGGACUGUGCCUACUUGGAUAGCGAAAGCACCUACAGCGAGUCGGAGCUCUUUCCCGAUGAGGACGCGAUGACUCUGGCGCAGCAAGAGGUUCACCAUGAGUCUGACAUGGACAGUGCUAUUGAGAGUGCCCAGAGCUCAGAAGCCUCCGAUGUGUGUCGGAUCGAGGACAAGGACGGUGUGCUGGGUGGCCUGUUUCUGCCUGGUGACAAGUCAAGUCCUCACAACCCUUCUGCAGCAUCCGACCUCUCAACUUAUUCCACCACGUCUCUGAUCAGUAAUGAAGAACAGUUUGAAGACUACGGUGAAGGAGAUGAUGUGGAUUUUAGUCCCAGUAGCCCAUGCCCUGAUGACGAGACCAGAACCAACGCCUACUCUGACCUUGGCUCAUCUGUAUCUUCCAGUGCUGGCCAAACACCCCGAAAAAUGAGGCAUGUUUAUAACAGCGAGUUGCUGGAUGUUUACUGCUCGCAGUGCUGCAAAAAGAUAAAUCUACUCAACGGUUUGGAAGCCAGGCUGAAAAACUUGAAAGGAAACAGCCCUAACAGGAAAAUAUCAAGCACAGCUUUUGGAAGGCAACUCUUCCACAACAGUAACUUCAGCAGCAGCAAUGGCAGCACAGAAGACCUGUUCAGAGACAGUAUAGACUCCUGUGAUAAUGAUAUAACUGAAAAGGUAACGUACCUAGAAAAAAAGGUGACAGAACUGGAGAAUGACAGCCUGACAAAUGGUGACUUGAAGAGCAAACUGAAACAAGAGAACACGCAGCUAGUUCACAGAGUUCAUGAGCUAGAAGAACUAUUGAAAGACCAGGAGACAUCAGCAGAACAGACUCUGGAAGAAGAGAUAAAGAGACAUCGAGAAGCAUAUACCAAGUAUGAAAAAGAGAAAGGCACUGAAAUCGAACUACUAAAUACAAGGGUUCAACAACUGGAAGAAGAAAAUGACGAGCUCAAAAGCGCUGUCACACGACUGAAAUCACAAACAGAGAGACUGGAUGAGGAAAAGCAACGCAUGUCAGACAGGCUGGAAGACACUAGUCUGCGGCUGAAGGACGAGAUGGAUUUGUACAAGAGAAUGAUGGACAAGCUGCGGCAGAACAGGCUGGAAUUCAACAAGGAGAGGGAAGCCACACAGGAGCUCAUUGAAGACUUGCGGAAGGAACUGGAGCACUUGCAGCUGUACAAGCUGGAAUGCGAACGUCCUGGACGUGGGAGAAGUUCUUCCUCCAGCGUGAGUGAAUUCAACGCCAAAACCAGAGAGGUGGAAAUGGAGCAUGAAAUAAAGCGGCUGAAGCAGGAGAACCAGAAACUUCGUGACCAAAAUGAUGAUCUCAAUGGACAGAUCCUAAGUCUUAGUCUUUAUGAAGCUAAAAAUCUCUUUGCAACGCAAACAAAAGCCCAGUCUCUGGCUGCUGAAAUUGAUUCUGCAUCAAGAGAUGAGCUCAUGGAAGCCCUUAAAGAACAGGAAGAGAUAAAUUACAGAUUGCGACAGUAUAUGGACAAGAUCAUUUUGGCAAUCCUAGACCACAACCCCUCUAUCUUGGAAAUAAAGAAUUGAAGAGAAUGUGAUAAGGAAAAGCAGCAACUGCCUGAUUUCUCUGCACAUGCCACUGGAUCUAGACAACACUCUGAUACUGUAAAUUAGUCUAUAAAUAUAUAUAUACACUACGUGUGAGUGUGGGUGCGCGGGUGUGUUUAUAUGAUGUUUGGUACACUGUUAUUUGUCAUUGAAUUGGCUUGGUUAGACUUUUCCAUGCACUUUCAAUACCUGUGAUAAGAUGGAUACUGUAUAUUAAUGUAAUAACAAUGUAACUGGAUCAUGCUGUUUUAGAUACUGGACAAUAUCACUCUACCUCUAGUCGUAAAGGUAAAAAAGACAAUGGAAGCAUAUGGAGGCGGCCCUAAGGUUAGGAGCAAGAAUUGUUCUUUCGUUCUUCCAGGAAUUUGGGUACUACAAACCAAUUAACAUACCCAGGUUCAGUUCCUGACUGGUGCUGACUGUGUAAUUUCCUGUUUGAUUUAGUUUUAGUACUUAAACCACACAUAGGAUUAAAAAAACAAACAAAAAAAACCACCUUUGCGGAAAAGACACAAAGUGUAAGGGAAGAAGAGGAAGAUAAUGCAGAAUUGUUGCUGUUUGUGAAAAAUCACCAUCCACUUGUUUGCCACUGUCAGCACAAAGUGCUUUUUAUGUGGGAUCACUUUAAAACCUGCUUCGGGGUGCUCUGAGCCAGCCUGCUCUUUAGCGUGUGCGUGCAUGUGUGUUUUUAUUAUGCCAGGUCCCUGUAGCGUUGAGGCCAAGAAACUCCUCAAAUCUGUUCCCCUAUUUUCAGGGGUUUAUUAUGGGCCAUGGAGAUGAAUUCUGGAACGCUGCCCUUUCAUCUGUAAUUUUAAGGAUUUCACUGAAGGAACACAUUCCAGUUCUUAUAAUAAAAAAAGCAUGAAAUACCCUACUAAAGGGGGAGGAGGAGCAGACCUUAAAUUAUGUGUUGACCCCAGACACGCUGCACUCCUUGGAGAUGGAUGUUUUGUGGGCAAGCUGUGCAGAAGACUGGCUGGGGAUUGGAGUGACUUUUACCUAUAGGGCACUAAAACCAAAAAGAGCAUAGUCUUACAGAAAUUGCCAAUCCAGACCUAGUGCACACAUGCAUAUCUAAGGCUCUGAAUAGGAAACAUCCUGAUUUAGAUGAGCAGUUGUGCAGGUGCUUAACUUUAAAUGUGUACUGUGACUGCUCAUAGAAGUCAGUGGGACAGAACAUAAGCUUAAAGUUGAGUGUGUGCUUAAAUGCUGCCUUAAAUCAGGAUGGACUUCAACGGGUGCCUGUGUCCUCCUGAGCUGGAUCUGUGUACCUUUUUAAUUAAAAAUGUAGCUUAUAAUAAGGAGCUUAUGGAAUUGGACAGUUGAGUGCUAAAAAAAAAAUAUGCCAUGCACUUUUUUUAAAGUAAAAAUUUAACACUUCUGAUUCACACCAACUGGUACAGAAAAAUAGGCCCAAGUAUCUGGCUUUCCCCAAUGCAUACAGAUGUUUCCUCUAUUGAAUACAUUCCCCAGAAGAAUGUUACAGUAGCAAUGACUGUGCUUUUCUCUGUAUUUCUUGCUGUUGGCAGUGUCUUGCCCCUAGUAUUGAUGUAUCUUGGUGUGUAUAUGUGAUGCAUUUUUCCUGAAUUUGAAUACAUAAAACGUAUUCAGUUAUGGAUGUAAAUAUAUAUAUAUUUUUCUGCAA